GGGUUCAUGACGCCAUCAAAGAGUCGGCCAGACUCAGACGACUUCAAGGGAUCAAGGGCCUGCGAGGCUUCAUCAUCAAUUCCUGGGAUCGCUUCCAAGGUUGGCUAAUUGUAGGCAUCACCGGUCUGAUAACCUCGAUCAUUGCUGGCGCCAUCAUAGAAUCAGAGGCACUCUUGUUCGACCUCAAGGACGGUUACUGCUCGACAGGAUGGUGGCAUGCGAAGAGAUUCUGCUGUCCGCUGGAGGAUGGCGAGGAAGUACUAUCGCCUUCUCACUCAGACGGGGCCACUGGGCUGCACCGAUGGGCGGAUGCUAUGUACGGGCACCGGCCUUCAGCUCCCGCAAGCGUAGAUCGUCGUUCUGCCGCUGUCUUCUCCGGCGUCGGUCCAGUGGCCGGAUCACCUCAGUGGGAGACCUUAGCAUUAUCAGACAAAGAGAUGCAAGUCUGCCCGCGAUGGGUACAGUGGACGGACUUCCUGCCAAAUGCUGUCAGAAAACAGGAGUUGGCUGGCUUUCUCUUUUACUUGGUCAUUGCGCUGCUAUGGGCUUCGAUUGCCUGCCUUUUGACACUUCACCUUACAUCAUCCGACCUGCAUUUAUCUACAAGGGCAUUGGAAUCUGGGAAGAAAGGCGGGCAAGAGCAAACGGGUACCGAAGCAGAUCCCAUCGGAGAAGACAACCCAGCUCGGGAAGACGCUGCUGUGCGAGACUAUGCCGCACCUGCUUCCGAGACAACCUCACUGCUGAGUCGCAAUGUUGACGAGCAGUCACACUACAGCGCUACCAACGGUGGUGACAGACCACUGCCUCUUCGUCCAAAGCACUUCGCAGACUUGACCAAUCAUACAAGGGCUCAAGGAGCCAUCGGCAGCCGCAAGGUCCUCUACUUUGGCAGCGGCAGUGGUAUCUCUGAAGUGAAGUGCAUCCUCAGCGGAUUCGUCAUCCGCGGCUAUCUUGGCUUCUGGACUCUCUUCGCCAAAAGUGUUGGACUUUCUCUGUCGGUAGCGUCGGGCCUUUCCCUCGGAAAAGAAGGUCCCUUCGUUCAUAUCGCCUCUUGCGUCGGCAACAUAGUCUGCAGGUUCUUUGACAAGUACGAGCGCAAUGAAACCAAACGGCGAGAAAUCCUAUCUUGCGCAUGUGCAGCCGGAGUCGCUGUGGCAUUUGGUGCCCCUAUCGGUGGGAUCCUCUUCUCUCUGGAAGAGACAACUUACUACUGGUCCGGAAAGGUCAUGUUUCGAAGCUUCGCCUGUGCUAUCAUUGCUGCUGCCGGACUGAGGUUCAUCAAUCCCUUUGGUACUGGAGAGAUCGUUCUCUUCAGAGUGUCCUACGACAAGGACUGGGCCUGGCAAGAGCUGCCGAUUUACGUCAUCCUUGGUCUAUUCGGUGGGCUGUAUGGAGCCUUCUUUACGAAGUUGAACAUCAUCUGGAGCAAGCAAGUGAGGGCCAAGACAUGGAUGGCCCGCUACGACUUGCUUGAAGUGAUGCUCGUCACAACUUUGACUAUCAUAGUCUCCUUCAUCAUCGGAGGGUAUGCUCGCAUGGGGGGUCCCGAGCUCAUCAACGAUCUCUUCAGCGAGUGUCACGAACACGAAAGCUUGGACGGCCUUUGUAUUUCGCACCCGUCUCAGAUUCGGCCCCUCAUCAUGGCAGUCUUCUGGACGAUGUUGGCCAAAGCUGUCCUCACUACAGUCACAUUCGGUAUCAAGCUGCCUGCAGGCAUCUUCAUUCCCUCACUGGCAGUCGGUGCAUGCUUUGGACGUAUCAUCGGUCUGCUGAUGCAGUACAUCCAAUGGACCCAACCUCAUCUCGCUUUCUUCUCGUGGUGCUCAGCAUCUGACUCCGCUUGCAUUAUCCCUGGAACCUACUCAAUGCUCGGCGCAGCGGCUACUCUCUCUGGAGUGACGCGUAGCACAGUCAGCUUGGCUGUGAUCAUGUUUGAGCUCACUGGCACGCUGACAUAUGCCAUACCGGUAGCAAUUAGCAUCUUGGUCGCUCGUACUGUCGCAGACUCAUUGCAGCAUCAAGGAAUCUAUGACCUCGUCAUUGAGUUGUCGGGACUGCCCUUCCUAGAUCCCAAGUUGACUUACACGUGGAAAGAUGUCAGUGUCAAAGAUGCAAUGGACACUGAGGUAGAGGUGAUCCGUCUGGACGAGGCAAACUCAGUCGACAGCUUACAAAGCAAGCUGGCUCGGCUGGCUCUGGGCAUGGGCUACACAGACGGUGGCUUCCCAAUCGUCGUCCCAUCUGAGGUUGAGCCGCCCACCAGGAGGGGCGGGAAACGGCGAUCGGGCAUCCGAAUGGUGGGCUACAUUGCAGCUCAGGAACUCGAAUACGGACUCAGCCAGCUUCUCCGGCAGCAACCCGAUCUAAACCCUUUGGAGACAAUUUGUACCUUUGCCCAUAUCCCGCAAGCUAACGGCAACAGUGAAGACGAAGCAAUGACGGACUCGCUGUUCCUUCGCAGCGACGAGCCACAAGACUUCAGUCGCUUUGUGGACCAAGCGUGAGCACGAUGUCCGAGCCGACAUGUAGCAGCAAUGCGACGAAGUGAAGUUGACUGCUGACGCCA